AUGCGCGUGUACGUUUUUGUCGCCAUCUUCGUACGUGGAGUCAGCUUCUGCUUUGCAGUCAGAUUGGGAGAAAGGAAUUGUGACGGCUUAGAUACAAAUAAUCGUGAUCCACUUUGCACACCACCGUACAAGGCUUACACGAUCCCUGAUGGAGCGCUAAGACAUAAUGUCGCACUUUUGAAGAACAAAGACCGUGUUGAUGACAAAGAAAACGAAGCAAGAGGUACUGAAAUUCUUAAAAAAUUUCAACCCAUGUUAAAGUCACAGCUUUCGGGUGAUAAGAUGAGUGAGAUACACAGCUUUUUGCGCAGAAAUAGCGACAAGAAUACGGCUGAUGUGGAAAUCGUCAAAAUAAUAGAAGAAUGGUUUUUACAAGUUAAAAAUCACUUUGAGUCCUAUCACGGAAGUGUUAUAUUUGAUGUUAACCAGGCGCUUCAAAAUUUGAUGACAAAAAUGAAUUCGCGGAAAUCAGAAUUCCCUAUUUUUCAAGUGACAGUUCUGCUGGAAAAUUAUCGAGUCAGGCCAGAAUUCCAAUUCGUCGCAGAGAAUUUAGAGCGACUCAUUACUUCAAACACGGUGUACAAACAUUUUGUCUUUAUAGCUUGGAUAAAGAACAACAACACUUUGAGAAAUGCUCUACGGAUUCUCGUUGGCGACGAGACAAACAUUGAUUUUGACAGUUCACAAUUUCGGUUGUGGCUUGAGUACUCCGUUUUAAUCAAACGUUUUGAUGUGAUGUAUACAAAACCAGACAACGUUCCCUCCUCUAUAUUUUCAAGCCUCGACAGUCUUAGUGAUGAAGUCAAGUCAAUGCAUUAUCAACCAGAAACUUUCACGAAAAUUUUGCAGGAAGGUGAGGCUGCGCUCGCUCAUUUAGUACACACACGACGGGUCCGGUAUUUAGAAGGCUGUCUGAGCAAAGCAGUACCUCCGGAACAGGCAUUGAAAGAAGUGAAAGAUCAUCAACAAGCUGCCUCGGACGAUAUUGAGCUCAUUUUGUUACUCAAUUACGUCAUCCGUGUACUAAGCCGAACAUCAAAGAUAUUACGAGUGAUCGAUGAUUGUGCCACAUGCUUAAUCAAGCAACAGAAGCCUCAGCAUUUGGCUAUCUGGAUACUGGCAACGUGUCGUUUAAGAGAUAAAUAUCGAAUACUUACUCCUGCCAUAUAG